GAGACGCAGCAGACAGAGCGCAGAAUGCAGGCUGGUCACUGACACACACACUCUCUCACACACACACCCACAUGCACGGACACACACACCUCUGAGGAGUGUGUGAGGCAUGCACACGCUGCUGCCCAUGGAAACACACACACUGGCAGGAAAUACAGCGAACCCCAGAGCCUGAGGAGACAUGGAGAGCAGCAUGUUCUUUGGUAACACAUGUCAAAAUGGCCUCAUGCCUUCGCUGGUGCGUCCCACCCUGCCGGCCGUCCAAACCUCACUGGGCAUGAAGCCGUUCUUCCCGAUCCCGCUGGACACCGCCUCGGCCGUCAGCCUUUUCCCAGGAUUCAACGGGAUGGACCCGGUGCAGAAAGCCGUCCUCCAUCACACCCUCGGCAUCCCUCCCACAGCCAAGAGGAAGCAUGUGUCCUGCAGCGUCUGCCAGCUGAGGUUCAACUCACAGAGCCAGGCCUUGGCCCACUACAAGGGCACCAAACAUGCCAAGAAGCUAAAAGCCCUGGAAACCCCGAAGAGUAAACUCAAAGGCUCAGCGGUCACCAAGGAAGCGGCCAACCAGGAGACCGCCAAGGGCAUCAACACCUUGCAGGGCAUCAACACCUUGCAUGUCCCCAACGGCACAGACAGGAAAGAUGUCACCUCUGGGUCAACGGCUUCCCCCCUGAUCAGACCAGCGAACCCCACGGCGACCCCAGCUGCGUCCUCGCCUGAGCCGUUAAGCUCUCUGAAAGCUCCAGGUGACGCGGCCGCCUCCGACGCUACCUUGGCUUCUCACGGAGAGGAGACGCUGCCGAAAACAAGCUCACCCUCAGAGACGGAGGCGGACAACCAGGCCGAAGCUGAGACGGAGACCGAAACGGAGACAGAGGAGGAGAAAGCCCGGCGCCUCCUUUACUGCUCGCUCUGCAAAGUGGCGGUCAACUCUGCGUCGCAGCUGGACGCUCACAACACCGGUACGAAGCACAAGACGAUGCUGGAGGCCCGCAGCGGCGUGGGCUCCAUCAAGUCUUUCCCUCGACCGGGAGUCAAAAGCAAAUUGGCUUCAUCCUCCAAAUCAUCGACUGGCCUGCAGAACAAAACCUUUUACUGUGAGACGUGUGACGUGCAUGUCAAUUCAGAGACUCAGCUAAAGCAGCACAUCAGCAGUCGGCGUCAUAAAGAUCGAGCAGCAGGAAAACCGGCGAAGCCCAAAUACAGUCCGUAUAGCAAACCGCAGAAAGGCCAGACCAAACAGCCGAUUAAGCUGAUCUUAGGAAAGGAGGCUCAGUGUCGGCCUCUGGCGGCUCAGAUCCUUCCCGCUCACUUGGCAGCGGUGGCCGCCGCCAUCGGAGGCUCCUUCACGCACCGCACAAACCACGGCGCCAGCCCAACGCCGAACCCCGCCCUUUUCCAGACUCAGGCGCUCCCCGCCGCACUGCUCCGCCCGGCGCCCGGGCCUGUCAGGACCUCUCAUCCACAAGUCCUCUUUGCCCCUUACUGAGCCUCGUCCGCCUCAGAGAGUCACUGCAGCCUCCUACUAUGCAUCAGAUUACUGGACAUCUUCAAGCCGCCAUGUUGGAACCUCCAGCUCCUCAUUCGGGUGGUUCAUUCAAAGCAACCGGAGCUUCUUGCGCUGGAUUUAUUCCUCCGAUCCUGACCGAACGAGCUUUCAGUGCCAUGGCUAACCCGUCCUGGACCGACCGGGACCUACACGACAUCGUACCGCAAUAAUGUAUAAGACUGACCCUGUGAGCUAUGCAGUGUUGUUGCGUCCUGACUGGGAUCUGGUGCGUGGAUCUUGGAUCUUUGCGGACAUAAGUUAAACAGGUUGUUACUGGUACCGAGCGCUGGAGAAGCCCUCCUCUGUUCCUGUAUGCACUUUAAGCUCUUUCUCUGAUGUCUACAGUAGAUGGUUAGACCGUGUUAGGUGGUUACUGUGUCUUGUAAAGUGUGUGUGUGUUUUUCCUUUUUGCAUUUGUCUCUGCAUAUCUGUGUGUGUGUGUGUGUGUGUGUGUUGGGGAAUGUUGGGCUCCAUGUAUGCGAGUGUGAGAGAUAUUUCUAUCCAUCGUAAACCAUUCCAGUUGUUACCCAGCAUCCAUCGUCGCCUGCUGUCUCACUGCAAAAACACUAAAUUACACCAAGUAUUUUUGGACUAGUUAUAGUCGAAAUAUCUUAAUAUACGAAGAAAAAACCAAAUCAACUUAGAAGUAACUUUGAAGCAGAAUAUGAGAGCUUGUUUUAGUAAAUAAUUACUUAAUACAACUUAUUUCAAGUAAACGUUUUUUCUAAUAACUUUUUCAUCAGUACAGUUUUAUAGUGCCAUUUUAUAGCACAAUCAAGUGGCUAUGUUAGCUUUAGUUGUUAUAAAAACGCUAUGCCAAAUAAGGCUCGAAAGAAGUUUAACUUUGUAAUUUAACGCCUCUGUCUCUUUAAGAACUCCUGCUCUUUCGGAAGCUCCGCCUUCAGGAAGUCAUCACAAUAUGGCUGCUCUAUUAACCCUUUAACAACGUUUUUACCAGAGUUUCAAUGAAUAGUAGCUUCUACAAUGAGCUCAGCAGGUGAGCUGUUACACUCGGUGUUUGCUAAUUGCUGCUGACUAGUCUGAAGGAGCAGGAGAGGGCUGCUUUGUGAGGCGGCAGCUUGGAAACCGCAGCUCAGAGGGGGAGCUGCGCCUCGAAGGCGGAGCUACGUCCGCCCUGGUGUUUUGAACAGCUGGAACAUGCAUGAAAGAAUCAAAGCAACUCUCCAUUUGACAUUAUAACAUGAUGCAAAGCUCAAAAAAGUUGUUUCUUUUCAUUAUACUGGUUCUUUAAGGAAUUAUUGACUUAAAACAAGCUCCUAUAUUUCCCUGAGAAGUUCCUUAUAAAUUUGUUCUGUUUUAUUUUAUUUGUUUUAAGACGUUUGCAGUAGAAACUGGAAUCAAAAUACUUUUUUAGACUUUGUGUUUUUGCAGUGCUCUGGCCAGAGGGACCACAGAAGCUUGUUGUGUUAAAUGUUGUGUAAAAGAUGAACAAUUUCAAAUAAAAGAAUCCUAAUUUGUUA